AUGGGAUCAAAUGGUGUUCAGGAAGGGACCUCUACUGGAAAUCAAUUACCCACUCAAGUUCCUAUAGAUCUGACUAGUGUGUUCUAUGUUCAUCCAUCUGAAAGUGCUGGAUCCACAAUUGUUCCAGUCUUUUUCGAUGGAUCUGGGUAUCGUUCAUGGAGACGAGCUGUUCUUCGAGGACUGUCUGUAAAGAAUAAAAUUGGAUUCAUAAACGGCAAGGUGUUGAAGGCACCUCUUGAUUCACCUGGUUUUGCUCAAUGGGAAAGGUGUGAUGAUAUGGUCACGUCUUGGAUUUUGAAUUCUCUGUCUAAGGAUCUCAGGGACAGUCUGCAGUAUGUUGAUAAUGCAAAAGAACUUUGGGAUGAAUUGGAGGACAAGUAUGAUCAACCAAAUGGAGCGAAAUUAUAUCAACUACAACGUGAACUCAAUGAUCUUAGUCAGGGGAAUCUCGAUAUAACUGGGUACUACACCAGGAUAAAGAAGUUGUGGGAAGAGCUUAGCACUUUGGACACCAAUUCACAAUGCACAUGUUUGUGCACAUGUGGUGGAAAGUCGAAGAUGCACAAAGCUGAACUUGACAGGAGACUAAUACAGUUCCUCAUGGGACUAAAUGAGGUAUAUACUAUUGUGAGAGGAAGCAUAUUGAUGAUGAACCCAUUACCUACUAUGGCCCAAGCUUUUUCUAUCCUUGUUCAGGAAGAGAGACAAAGGGAAGUCAAACCUCAUAACAAACCUCAUAUGGACUCAAGCUCUUUUCAUGUGAAUGCCGCUAGCACCAGUUCUUGUUUCAGAACCAACUAUACUCCUCAUAAAAACAAUGUGGGCACCAGCAGGCCCUCAAGCAAGUCAAAUCUCUUUUGUGAUUAUUGUAAGAAGACUGGUCACAUCAGAGAAAAGUGUUACAGGCUUCAUGGUUUCCCUCCAGAUUUUAAGUUCACCAAAGGUAGAAAUGCAGGAACAGCAGCUAAUGCAAAUGGUUUUUCUGAGGAUAUGUUGGGAGAUACUUUUGAGAAAGGUCAUGAUGUGGGAAAAGGCAAAGGAAAGUUGCAUGAACAGUCAAAUUCAAUGUUAACCAAGCAGCAGUUCAACCAACUUGUGAGCUUAUUGGAUCACAUUCAAGUUCAAGGAGGCACCAAUACUAGCAGCACUGCACAUGAGGAUGCAAGUAACUUCAAUGGUGGAGCUGUCAACUUUGCAAGUAUUUUGGCAUGUUAUUCUUCAAUUUCUGAUAUUGGCAAUCUGUCUUGCAAAUGCUUAAAACUUAAUGUUGAUUCCUGGAUUAUAGACUCAGGAGCCACACACCAUAUGACCUUUACAAAAUCCCUACUUACAAACCUCAGACCUUUACCAUAUCCAUUCCUAAUUACACUUCCAAAUGGCUACAAGUCCACUGUUUGGUUUCUCAUCUUAAAGGACUGGUCAGUUUUCACUAGUUCCUCUUGUUUGAUGCAGGGCCCUUCACAGAAGAGCCCUCUAGAGAUUGGUAGAGCACAAAAUGGACUCUAUUUUCUGUGCGCAAGAUGUCACACUUCCUGUUCUACUUCUGUUUCCACUAGAUCAACUUCUGUCAUUGCAUCUAGUUCACCUUGUUCUGUUAAUUCACCCAUUGCUACUACCUUUUGCAACAAUAAUUCUGGUAGUUUUUCUCAUCACACUUCUGUAAACACUUGUAAUGACACAUGUUUGAGUAAUGAUAAUGUACUUCAAAAUUGUGCUUCAAAUGUUACUGCUUCUACACUAAACAACUCUAUCAUGUCUGGCAUGUCUCAUGGAAACAAUGUUGAUUACUUGUGGCACAAUAGGCUAUGA